CUUCAGCGCGCUCGAUACUCCACAACCAUGCCACCUCUCCGCGGCCCAAUGUGGGAGCACUUCUACUUGGGGAGUGCACGCAAUAGCUCUCACAGUGAUGCCUGGUGUCGCUACUGCAUCAAUCACCACCGCCCAACCUCUCAGGCACAGCCGAUCGAUAUCAGUGGAGGGAAUGCGGAGCUCAGCACGAAUGCACUACUACAGGCAGACUGGUUCAAAGAAGCCUGCAAACAUGUUAAAUCAGUGAACGGCGAGAAGAAAGCCAUGAUGAAUCACAUUGUAGGCCCUAAGCCAUGCAUGCACACCCCGGAUCACAUCAAAGAAGCAGUGAGAAAGUUGAAGGAGGGUACUAAAGUGGCGGUUACAAGCUCAGCGGAAGCAUCCUCAGCCGGGUCGAGAAAGAAAAAGACAGCGAUCAUCGCGGCCGUUGAGAACAACUUCACACAGACGAAGCUCCAAGUUUUCAAGGGCAUUGAUAUGCCGUUCUCUGAGGAGCAAGCGGAGAUGAUUCGGCUCCAAUCUAUGCGUGCGACGAUCUCGGCAAAUCUGCCAUUCCGGUGGCUAGCUGAUCCGGAGGUUAUCACGCUCUUCCUCAUGAUGCGUUCGGCGGCCGGGUCAGUCCUGCCUAGCCCGAAAGUUCUUGCCACUACUCUACUUGACAUGGAAGCAAGUCGGGUGGAUGCCGAUGUAAGGGAGUUGCUGAAGGGGAAAGUUGUGAGCGUCUCUGCGGACGGAUGGAGCGAUGGGAAAUCAGUUCUUGGGGUGGAUGUGUCGUACCGUGGCAAGUCAUACCUGGUGCGCGCUGUUCCGAUGAAAGGACGUGGGAAGGACGGGGUCUCAAUGGCAACGACGUUUGGUGAACUGAUCGACUGGGUCGAAUUGGAAUACACGUGUACGGUUGCCGGCUUCUGCUGUGAUAAUGAUGGUGGAAGCCAACUUGGAAGGAAGCUGUUGCGAAAUAUGCGGCCGCAUCUGUUCAACCCUCCUUGUAGCGCUCAUCAGGGUCAACUAAUCCUCGGUGACUACUUCAAGGAGAAUCCCGAUGCGGCAAAGACAGCGGAAGAGACUGUGGACCUACUCGGCUGGAUCCGUAGUCAUGAGAAGGUCCGGGAUAUCUUUGAUGAAGUUCAAGUGGAGAAGAACGGAGGAGAGCCACUUGCGUACCUCGUUGCCAACCUGACCCGCUGGACCACCCAUUCGAUCUCAUUCAACCGAAUCCUGGCACUCAAGGAUUCUAUGCGCCACGCAGUUAUCGUUCGGCGAGAUGACAUUCUAACGGCGCAUCUGGGUGCGGAGAAGAACAAGAAGAAGGUCUCGGCAAUCACAAAAACGGUCGAUCGAUUCUGUGACAUGAUCGAUGAUGCCUUGCACUGGAAACGCCUGCAGACAGUGGCGGAAGAUAUCGAGCCCAUUUGCUACAUCACCAACAUCAACCAAGCGGACAACACUCGACCGGAUCAGGUUCUCCUCGGUCUUGCUGGUGUUUUUCUCCACUUCAAGCGGCAUCCAAACCCGACAGUCCGUGCGGGAAUGCUACGGCGUAUUGAGAAGCGCUGGGCAGCUCUGGAUCAGACCAUGUUCUUGUUUGCAUUGAUUUUGAAUCCCUUCGAACAGAUGGAUCGCUUCGGUCAAGAGGCCGCUGCAAACGUUUUCACACUAGCUAACAUCGCUGUCGAGCUCUUCACCCGUGUCAAAUUCCGCACGAAACCUGCGUCUGAUGAGCCAGUCUCUGACAGGCCUGCUGGCACCGGCAGUGGGUCUGAGGAAGUAGAGUCUAGUCAGGACAAGUCCGACAAAGAGCGUCGUCAAAAUGAAUUGCGGGCAUCCUUUCUGCAUUACCUUUCCGGAACGGGUCCGUUUGCUGAUUUCAAAGCCAACCGGGACGUAUUCUCAAAAAGCACGGGAGCUGACCCUAUGUUAGUAUGGGGAUACUAUUGCGGCGUUCCGGAGACUGCAGAGUUGGCUGACUUGGCACUGACCAUUCUCGGACUCUCUGUCAAUCAAGGCGGGAAUGAACGGGACUUUUCGGACUGGAAGAUCAAACGCACACGACUUCGGAACAAGCUUAGUCUCGAGAAAACAGCCAAAAUGUCAAAGGUGACAGCGGAUUUACGGACACGUCAAGAGGAAGACGGUCUCCGGGGGAAACGCAAAGCGAGACACAAUCACGAGGAUGAUCGUGUCUCUGAGCUCAUCUCUGUCCCUCGAUACGCUGAUGCACUAGAGAUGGCCAACGAUCAGCCGCCAACCACCAAUGACAAUCACGAACAGGAAUCCCACAGAGUUGUUGUGAAUUCGGCAAAGGACUGGCGCCGCGCUCAUAUCCAGUGGAUGGUCGCAGCGCGAGACAUUGAUGGUGAAGACGAUGGGGCUGAGAUGGCGCGGAUUACGAACUCGUUUGGUACCGCAACGGCGCGUUGGCUCCCGCGCAGCCUCGACAAGUUGUUUGGGGAUACAGCAAAACGGCCUAUCGCUGUCCAGCGGCGCCGCAAGCUCACUGAUGAAGAACGACUGAUGGAGUUACUAGCAGCUGAAUUCUCGGAUGAGGAGCCAGAUGACGGUGCCCUCGAGGGCUCUGGAGAUGAAUACGAAGAGGUCUAGUAGUUCUUGUAACUUGGGUGCCGCACUGCGAUCA